AUGACAACUGAUGAUAACCUUAGGAUUCGUGGCUUCUCUUUCCCAUCCAUUUGCAAUCUCUGCCUGAACAACUCUGAAACUACUGAGCAUUUAUUUUUUGAUUGUUGUUAUGUUAAGAAUCUUUGGAACUCGUUGAAGGGUCUGCUCAAUCUUAAUUUUAAUAUCUACUGCAUUAAGGAUUGUAGAAGAAUUAUUGAGAUGAAUUGGUCUGCUCAAGCCAUGUCUGUGGUUAAAGCUGGUUUGGUGGGAGUUUUUUAUCAAGUUUGGAUUGCUAGAAAUCAUGCUAGAUUUGAGGACAAGCAGAUCCAUUGGAAACACUGCAUUUCCCUAACUGUUGCUCAGUUGCAAAUGAUUGGAAAUAACGCCAAUAAAACCUCAAACUCCUCCAUUUCUAACUUCACUGUGCUUAAGAACUUCAACAUCUCCAUCAGGCCUAGUAAGGCUUUAACUACAAUGAAUGUUUUGUGGACUCCUCCCCUCCAUGGCUGGUUAAAAUGCAAUGUCGAUGGUGUUGCUUGUGGCUUUCCUUGGACCUCGGCGUGUGGAGGUAUUUUCCGAGAUCAUAAUGCUCUUCAUGUGCUUAGAUUUAGUGCCUUAUUGGGCAAGGAACCUCCGGAAACUGCAGAAUUUUUAGCAGUUAUUAUGGCUCUUGAGAAAGCCAAGGAUUUUGGGAUAUAUAAACUUUGGAUUGAAUCCGAUUGCAUUCUUGUUGUUAACGCUUUUAAGGACCAUAGCUUUGUGCCUUGGAAAAUCAAAUCUCGUUGGCUCGUGUGUUGGGCAUAUUCACUUUCCAUAGAUUUUAUGAUCACACACAUUUUUAGGGAAGCCAAUUUUUGUGCGGAUUUUCUUGCCGGUAUUGGAUUAAGAAACAAAGCUACUACUUGGUUCAAUUACAUUCAUGAAGAUAUCAUUAGUGAGUACUUGCUAGAUAAGCAGGGCACUCCUAGACUUAGACUUUGUCGUUAA